CAGCAAGCUGGCAAGAUAGAAGAUCAACAUCUACGUGCAUCUCGGCUUGUAACAACGUCAAACGGUCCUACUCUGUCUAAAAUAAGCGUUGGACAUUAUCUCACGAAUGCCCUUAUCGCGGGUCGCUUAGGCAGGAAGCGGUUGCCUGGUUCCCUUCCACCGCACGUAGUACUUGAUGCCUAGCGGCCUCGGAUUAUACUGGAAAACCACGCUCAUUCUCUUCCUCCCGAUCUUUCUCGGAGCCCUCAUCUACCGUAUUCAAACGCCUUUAGAAAUCGUAAUGCGUUCCCGGCGCUCCCCAUCAGAAGUCGCUUCUUCUCUCCUGGCUUCCCAGGGCCUUCAUCUCCAGUCCCUCGACGUAAUCCAAUCACUAUGGGCAGGAUACGGUCAAAUAUGUCGCAUCACAGCAGCCCCAGCGGCAAUACCAAACUCCUCUGGCGCCACUUCAAGGUCAGCCUCAACACGUAGCUCAAACGUAUCCACGCCCCAGGAAACGCACUCCUACAUCUUCAAACUCAUCACGCCCCCACCGACGAAAGCAAACGACGAAGGCCACACACGCAAGAUACUAAGCUACCAAGUCGAACAGUACUUCUACUCUCACCUUGCGCCCCAGCUCCCAGGCUCCAUUCCCGUCGCCAAAUGCGUAGCCAGCAUCAACGAGCACCAUCCGAAUGGGACCUCCACUACCGCCAUGAUCCUGACCGACUUGCGCCAGCAGUUCCCUGUCGAAGGCGAGAAACGCGAUGUGCUAUCCAUGGGCCAAGCCCUUGCGGCGAUAGAUUGGCUUUCCAGCUUCCACGGUUUCUGGUGGCCGCGUGUAAAGGACAUGGAUCGCCGCAAGCUAGUAAAACCCCCGCUUGAGGAAGUGAAGCACGAUGGGGAGGAUGCAGUCCAGAAGACUGUGUGGCUGAACGGCGGAUACACAUACCUCGCAACGCGCCGGAAAGAGUACGCUAGUCUGGCAUCCGACUACGAUGCUGAAUGGAACGCCCCACUCACCGACUGGGAGUACGACGAGUUCUCCAUCUCGGACCUAGUCGCGCACGUCCUGGCGCCGAAACAGCGGGGUUGGAGCCCGAUCGAGGGGUAUGUGACCUUGCUUCACGGGGACGUCAAGAGCGAGAACUUGUUCACGAGCACGAGCGGUGAAGAGGUGGUUUUCUACGAUUUCCAGUACACGGGGCUGGGCCUGGGUGUCUGCGAUCUAGCGAAGCUGUUCACGUGCUCUGUUCCUCUGAGCAUGCUUGUUGAGGAUGAGGGUGUGCCGCGGGAGUUAUCUAUGCAAUUCGGAGAGAAGAAGUUGUUGGAGCGGUACUGGACGAAGCUGCAGGAGGUAUCCGGGAAAGAGUACGACUGGGAUAUCUUCGUCAGCCACUGGGAGACGGCAUUGGUGGAUUGGUUACGGUUUCAGGCGAGCUGGGGCUUUUGGGGGAAUACGGAGUGGUUGGAGGCAAGAGUGCGAUCUAUCUUGAAGAACGAGUGGUGGAAGAAUGCGGUGAUUGGGAAUGCGACUAUGGGAGGGAUCGCGGAGGAGGAAAUGGACAUUGUGGCGCUCAUAGAAGGGGACCAAAAGGCCUCCUGACCUGUAGCGUGGACACUAGUCCCGCUCUGGCUAGCUGGUUCGCGCUUGCUGCCCAGAUGUGUCGUGUGAAGGGAAGCCUUAAAGCCUUGAGGCAGC